ACAUGCACAGGACAUGGUGAAAAAGGUGAAUGGAAAAUUGAACGCUGCCAUUUCGAUCGAGUAUAACAUACUUUUACUAGAAGAAUCAAUCAAUGAUUCGACUUUCUUGCACCCAUUUUUAGGUUGCACUCUGAACUGUAACCAAUUAAGGGGAAAAGUUUUGAUGAGGAAACCUUAAGGUCCAUCGUUAGGCCAGCAUGAAGUCGCUGAUAUUUCUAUUUUGUUUGUUGAUUCUGAUCAUUUGCUGCUACGGAUUAGACGAAGGUACAAGAGCAAGGCGAUUCUUGAGACGUGGUACUCCGCUGGAAAAUAAAAGAUCAACAAAAUUACGAGUACUUCGCCAUCUUGACAAUGUUCAAUCAGCAAACUUUUCAGAGAUUCAAAUAACAACGAGACAGGGUCAAUUGUCACCGAAACCACCCGCAUAUCCAUUCCAAUGUCCACCUCGAUCAUUUCAAUGCGAGAAUGGUAAAUGUAUCCCAUCUCGUCAAGUCUGUGAUGGUCGUCUAUACGAUUGCCAAGGCGGAGAGGAUGAAAGGAGUUGCUCGUUAAGUACCUGCCCCUCGGACAUGACCCGAUGCCAGAGCGGUGAAUGCAUUCCUAAUUACUGGCUAUGUGAUCUCAUUGAGGAUUGUUCGAAUAGGGAAGACGAGCUCGGGUGUUCUAGAAAACGGUGCGACAAUGACCAGUUCCGGUGCACAACAGGUUCCUGUAUAGGAACAGAAUGGGUUUGUGAUGGCCAUAUAGACUGCCAUGAUGGGGAAGAUGAGCAGGCAUGUCUUGUAAAGACCUGCCCACUGGGUCAGUUCAAGUGCAACAAUGAUGCUUGCGUAGACAAUCAAUAUGUAUGCGAUGGAAUCCAUGAUUGUUACUUUGGGGAGGAGGAACGCAACUGCGGAGGACUGGACAUCAAUGAACCGUGCGAUGGCAGAUACCAGUGCGAUGACGGUCGAUGUAUUCAACCAGAAUCGGUUUGUGAUGGCUCUUACGAUUGUACGUCAGGCGAAGACGAGCAGGAUUGCUUCUCAUGCAGAAGUGGUGAGUUUCAAUGUCCUGAAGGAAAAUGUUUACCGCGAUCAGCUCUUUGUGACUCUGACCAAGACUGUCGAAAUGGAGAAGACGAAGAGAACUGUGUCGCAGUAGCUGCAUGUCCUGGGAAGUUCGAAUGCCCGUCAGAUGGGCGAUGUCUGGAGUUUAGUCUGGUGUGUAACGGAAGAAAGGAGUGUUCAGGAGGGGAGGAUGAACUCAGAUGUUCAAGUUCACCAACAUGUCGCCAUAAUGAGAUACGUUGCAGCGAUGGCAAUGGAUUAAGGUGUGUUGUGGAAACAAGGAUCUGUGACGGAACAAAAGACUGCCUCGAUGGAACCGACGAGAUGAACUGUCCUGUUGAUGAGCCUGGAAGCUGUGGAGGUGACUUCCUGUGUAAUGAUGGCGAAUGCAUCUCCAGGAGUCAAAUCUGUGAUCGCUUCAUCGAUUGCAGUCAUGGUGAGGACGAGGAUGACUGCGUGAUGACGCAAUGCGGUGGUGACUUUCAGUGCAUAGAUGGGACAUGUGUCCCAGCUUCUAGGAUGUGUGACGGCAACAUUGAUUGUGCCAGUGGUGAAGACGAGCAAUCAUGUAGGGAACUUCCGCAAUGUGAUGUAGAUGAAGAUCUUAAAAUGUGCAGUACAGGACAGUGUGUCCCCGGUGAGGCAUUUUGCGAUGGUUGGGUAGACUGUUACGAUGCCGUUGACGAAGAAGGUUGUCCGGAAUUGCCAAGCUGUCGAGGAUUCUUCUUCUGCCGCACUGAUUACUGCCUCGAUUCUUCCCGAGUAUGUGAUGGAAAUUUGGAUUGUAUCGAUGGCAGAGAUGAAACUGAACUGUCUUGCUUCAUAGGAUCUGAUUGUGCAGAAGGUUUUGAAUGCAACGACGGAACUUGUACCGACAUUAGUUCGGUUUGCGAUGGAGCUCGAGACUGUUCUGAGGCUGAAGAUGAGGAAAACUGUUUGCCCGGGUGCACUGCAUUUGAAUGUACUGACGGCACUUGUAUACCCUUUUCGAGCCUUUGUAAUGGUGACACUGACUGUUCUGCGGGAGAAGAUGAAAUAGAUUGCCCUGAGGAAUGUUCUGGAUUCACCUGUACAGAUGGCUCGUGUAUACCUACUCGAAAUGUCUGCGAUGGCCAACGGAAUUGCCCUAGAGGGGAUGAUGAAACCGACUGCCCAGAAGAGUGUCCAGGGUUUAAAUGCACCGAUGGACCAUGCAUUGAUCCCCAAAACGUCUGCGACGGGCGACGGGAUUGUUCCAGAGGUGAUGAUGAAAAUGAUUGCCCAGCAACAUGUAAUGGGUUCGAAUGUAGAGAUGGAUUAUGCAUUCCGGAUUCUGCUAUUUGCAAUGGGCAAAGGGACUGUUCGAGAGGGGAGGACGAGGUUGAGUGUCCUAAUGAUAGAUGUUCAAGUGGAUUCCGUUGUCGAAAUGGAAGAUGCGUCGAUUCAAAUCGAGUUUGUGAUGGCUACAACGAUUGUGGUGAUGGUUCGGACGAGGAGAGUUACAACUGUGGAGCUGACAGAUAUGACGAUGACACCAAUGAGUUGUAUACCCAAGGAUACUACACUACACCAAGGUACUCCCAAAGUUAUGAGGACUAUGGAUGUCAGGGCCAAUUCCAGUGCCGUGAUGGUAGAUGCAUACCUCAGAGCUAUGUCUGCGAUGCUCACCGUCAUUGUACUGGUGGGGAGGAUGAAGAGAAUUGCCCAGCGCAGGAUAUAUGCAAUGGACAGUUUAGAUGUCAGGAAGGUACUUGCAUAUCGAAUGCAGCGUUAUGUGAUGGAAGACGGGACUGUUACGGAGGUGAAGAUGAAAGGAACUGCAAUGUAAUUUGCGAAUUUCAGUGCAACAAUGACAACUGUAUUCCAAGAAUCGCUGUUUGCGAUGGAGUUCGCGAUUGUUAUGGAGGGGAAGACGAGAGGAGCUGCAACACCGUCUGUGGAUUCCAAUGCAGCACAGGCAACUGCAUUCCUUCCUCGGCUGUUUGUAACGGCGUUCAAGAUUGUUACGAUGGUGAAGACGAGUCAACAAGGCAGUGCCCCUUCAUGAACCUUUGUAAUGGAUUUAGGUGUGGUGAUGGUACUUGCAUCGACUCUAGUCAGGUUUGUGAUGAUUACAAAGACUGUUCCGAUCGUUCUGAUGAGCAAAACUGUGAAUCAGAGGAGGCCUGUCCUGGUAAAUUUGAUUGUCAGACCGGAUUCUGCAUCGAAUUACGGUAUAUAUGCGACGGAAGACAAGACUGUUCGAAUGGUAUCGAUGAGAGUUCAUGUCCCAUCAAUGAAGGCUGUACCAGUGAUGAGUUUACCUGCUAUAAUGGCCAUUGCAUCGAUGGUGACAAACGCUGUGACGGAAUACCAGACUGCUCUGCAGGGGAAGAUGAGACUGACUGUCCAGUAGGGUGUGGUAGCCAAUUUGAGUGUAACAGAGGGAACUGUAUACCUAGAACCUAUGUCUGUAACGGCAGAUCAGAUUGUACCGACGGAGAAGAUGAAGAUGGUUGUGAACAAUGUGAAUUUGAAUGUGAUGACGGUAGGUGCAUCGAAGCUACUAGGAUCUGCGAUAACGUCCGAGACUGCUCGCAAGGGGAAGACGAAUUGAACUGUCCUAUUGUAGAUGAAAGUUGUCCAGAUGAGUUCACAUGUUCCCCUGGAUACUGCAUUCCAAGAAUAGCUGUUUGCGAUGGAGUUCGAGAUUGUUAUGGAAAUGAAGACGAAGAAGGAUGUCCAAUAGUGGAUCGAUGUUUGAAUCAGUUUAAAUGCAAUUCAGGGGAAUGUAUUCCACUGGCGGCUAAAUGUGACGGUAAACCCGACUGUUACAGCGGGGAAGAUGAAGAUGGAUGCCCUGUAAUUGACGAUUGUCCCUCACCUAGAUUUCUCUGUGAUGACGGUAUCUGUGUUUCUCAAGACAAGAUCUGCAAUGGUGUACGUGAUUGUUAUGGAGGGGAAGACGAGCGGAGCUGCAACACAGUCUGUGGAUUCCAAUGCAGCACAGGCAACUGCAUUCCUUCCUCGGCUGUUUGUAACGGUGUUCGAGAUUGUUACGAUGGUGAAGACGAGUCAACAAGGCAGUGCCCCUUCACGAACCUUUGCAAUGGAUUUAGGUGUGGUGAUGGUACAUGCAUCGACUCUAGUCAGGUUUGUGACGAUUACAAAGACUGUCCUGAUCGUUCUGAUGAGCAGAACUGUGAAUCAGAAGAGGUCUGCCCUGGUAAAUUUGAUUGUCAGACUGGAUUCUGCAUCGAAUUACGAUAUUUAUGCGACGGAAGACAAGACUGUUCGAAUGGUAUCGAUGAGAGUUCAUGUCCCAUCAAUGAAGGCUGUACCAGUGAUGAGUUUACCUGCUAUAAUGGCCAUUGCAUCGAUGGUGACAAACGCUGUGACGGAAUACCAGACUGCUCUGCAGGGGAAGAUGAGACUGACUGUCCAGUAGGGUGUGGUAGCCAAUUUGAAUGUAACAGAGGGAACUGUAUACCUAGAACCUAUGUCUGUAACGGUAGAUCAGAUUGUACCGAUGGCGAAGAUGAGGAUAAUUGUGAUCAGUGUGAGUUCGCCUGUAAUGAUGAUAGAUGCAUCGAGACCUCUAGAAUCUGUGAUAAUAUCCGAGACUGCUCGCAGGGGGAAGACGAAUUGAACUGUCCUAUUGUAGAUGAUAGUUGUCCAGGUGAGUUCACAUGCUCUCCUGGAUACUGCAUUCCAAGAAUAGCUGUUUGCGAUGGAGUUCGAGAUUGUUAUGGAAAUGAAGACGAAGAAGGAUGUCCAAUAGUGGAUCGAUGUUUGAAUCAAUUUAAAUGCGAUUCAGGCGAAUGUAUUCCACUGGUUGCUAAAUGUGACGGUAAACCCGACUGUUACAGCGGGGAAGAUGAAGAUGGAUGCCCUGUAAUCGACGAUUGUCCCUCACCUAGAUUUCUCUGUGAUGACGGUAUCUGUGUUUCUCAAGAUAAGAUCUGUAAUGGUGUUCGUGAUUGUUAUGGAGGGGAAGACGAGAGGAGCUGCAGCACCGUCUGUGGAUUCCAAUGCAGCACAGGCAACUGCAUUCCUUCCUCGGCUGUUUGUAACGGUGUUCGAGAUUGUUACGAUGGUGAAGACGAGUCAACAAGGCAGUGCCCCUUCACGAACCUUUGUAAUGGAUUUAGGUGUGGUGAUGGUACUUGCAUCGACUCUAGUCUGGUUUGUGACGAUUCCAAAGACUGUCCUGAUCGUUCUGAUGAGCAAAACUGUGAAUCAGAAGAGGCCUGUCCUGGUAAAUUUGAUUGUCAGACCGGAUUCUGCAUUGAACUCAGAUAUGUCUGCGAUGGAAGGCGAGACUGCUCAAAUGGUCAAGAUGAAAACUCCUGUCCAAUAAACGAGGGAUGUGACAGUGAUGAGUUUACCUGCUAUAAUGGCCAUUGCAUCGAUGGUGACAAACGCUGUGACGGAAUACCCGACUGCUCAGCAGCGGAAGAUGAGAUUGACUGCCCAGUAGGGUGUGGUAGCCAAUUCGAAUGUAACAGAGGGAACUGUAUACCUCGAACCUAUGUCUGUAACGGUAGAUCAGAUUGUACCGACGGUGAAGAUGAAAAUGGUUGCGAACGAUGUGAAUUUGAAUGUGAUGACGGUAGGUGCAUCGAAGCUACUAGGAUCUGCGAUAACUUCAGAGACUGUUUGCAAGGGGAAGACGAAUUGAACUGUCCUAUUGUAGAUGAUUGCCCAGGUGAGUUUAGCUGUCCUCCUGGAUAUUGUAUUCCAAGAAUAGCAGUUUGUGAUGGAGUUCGAGAUUGUUAUGGAAAUGAAGACGAAGAAGGAUGUCCAAUAGUAGAUCGAUGUUUGAAUCAAUUUAAAUGCGAUUCAGGCGAAUGUAUUCCACUGAUUGCUAAAUGUGACGGUAAACCCGAUUGUUAUAGCGGGGAAGAUGAAGAUGGAUGCCCUGUCAUCGACAAUUGUCCCUCACCAAGAUUUCUCUGUGAUGACGGUGUCUGUGUUUCUGAAGAUAAGAUCUGUAACGGUGUUCGUGAUUGUUAUGGAGGGGAAGACGAGCGGAGCUGCAACACAGUCUGUGGAUUCCAAUGCAGCACAGGCAACUGCAUUCCUUCCUCGGCUGUUUGUAACGGUGUUCGAGAUUGUUACGAUGGUGAAGACGAGUCAGCAAGGCAGUGCCCCUUCACGAACCUUUGCAAUGGAUUUAGGUGUGGUGAUGGUACAUGCAUCGACUCUAGUCAGGUUUGUGACGAUUACAAAGACUGUCCUGAUCGUUCUGAUGAGCAGAACUGUGAAUCAGAAGAGGUCUGUCCCGGUAAAUUUGAUUGUCAGACCGGAUUCUGCAUCGAAUUACGGUAUAUAUGCGACGGAAGACAGGACUGUUCGAAUGGUAUCGAUGAGGAUUCAUGUCCCAUCAAUGAAGGCUGUACCAGUGGACAGUUCACUUGUUAUAAUGGUCAUUGCAUUGAACGUGAGAGAACUUGUGAUGGCAUUCCGGAUUGUCCUAGCAACGAGGAUGAAGCCACUUGUCCGGUUGCUCAAGACUGUCAAGGACAGUUCAGAUGCAGGAACGGAGAAUGUAUUCCUCUUGGGAACCGUUGCGACGGCCUUGACGAUUGCUUCCUGGGAGAGGAUGAGGAAGCUUGUCCAAUCACUGGAUGCAGGAGUGAUGAAUUCAGGUGUCUCGAUGGCCAGUGCUUCCCCGGUGGCUUCCGAUGUGACGGAUUUUACGAAGACUGUUCACAUGGUGAAGAUGAGAAAGACUGUGAACCGCAGAGCACAUGCGACCGAGACCAAUUCCAGUGCAACAAUGGCGUUUGUAUCUCAUCCCAAUGGCGUUGUGACGGUAUGUACAGGGACUGCAUGAAGGGAGAAGACGAAGAAAACUGCGGAGGUACUAAUUUCAUCGACUGUGGAAAGUCGGAAUUCCGGUGUAACGACGGAUCAUGUAUUUCAAAGGAUUACGUGUGUGACGGGCGUUACCAGGACUGCGAGGGUGGUGAUGAUGAAAUAAGCUGUCCAAGUUCAUGUGGCGCAUACGAGUAUGAGUGUGAGUCGGGUGCUUGUGUUCCCGCCAGUCGCAUGUGUGACGGGAGGAAUGACUGUCCCUCAGGGUCUGACGAGAUUCCCUUGAACUGUAAUGAUUUCCAAAACCUUGAGGAUUGUGAUCCGCACUAUCAGUUCCGUUGCUAUGUCGGUAACUGCAUCUCUGUGUAUGCUGUAUGCGAUGAUUAUAAUGACUGCCUCGGAGGAGAAGACGAAGCAUUGUGUCCAGGACAACAAGGGUCAAAUGAUGGACUAUCGUAUGUACUCUCAGAACUGAAUAGUGACUUGGAAAAUCUCGUCAAUACUCUGGAAAAUGGUUACGAUGGUACGACGUACAAUGCAGGGGAUAUAACAAACACGCUGUAUAACAUCGAACAAACGUUAAAUCGUGCAGAGUAUCUUACAUUGCAAGAGGAAGUUGAAAAUGUUACGAGCACCAGCACGCCUGAGGAAAGUCCUCUCGAUAGUCGCGACCAACAUCUCCCAAAUCUAUCGAGCAAGAAGCGUUUCAAAGCCACCGAGAAGAUCAAGGGUGACUCGAUCAUCAAUGACCUAAAUGAAGCCAUAGCAGCCUCACGCAAGACCCAUGAACCUGAUGGAAACGACUCUGAUGAUGACGUUGAUCUUAACGCUAUAAGAGACGAUGAUAUCGAAAAUGAUCUCGGAAACGAUGCAGGUGCGGUAUCAACCCGGUCGGAGACAGGUCGACAUCGUCCAAUCCUCCUGUCUCAAGAUGCUCGGAAGAAACUUGACAUCAUAAGCAGCUUGAAGCAUGAACUGUCUUUGAAGUUGAAAGAGAGAAGAACAAAGAGGAAAGAGGAAGAGAAAGAGGAAAAGAGGAAUACUGACCAGGGGGGUAUGGACGAUGAUGCGUUGCCUAGAAACGGGAUGCUGAAGCGCAUUACAGCACUGGAGAAUGCUUUGCUCAAUAGAAAGAGGAAAAUAUUGCGAAAACGCUGAGUGUAAUUUUUUCCUUGAUAUGACAUCCAAAGACAGAUACAAUACCCAGAGCAAUUUAAAUACUCAUAUGA